AUGUACCAAUUUGGAGAACUAUUCAAGGACCCCAAGACCUACUUCAUUGCGGUGAUCGUGACGGCAAUGAAUAUCUCCAACGCGGCCAUCAGCAGUUUCUUCGCGCUGAUCAUCAAAAGCUUCGGUUACACCACCAAGGAAAGCGAGCUACUCGCCAUCCCCGGCGGCGUGGUCAGCUUGAGCAGCAUUCUCACAGGCACGUAUCUGGCCGGCCGCUUUGAUCAGCGAUGUCUGAGCGUCAUAGGGAUCCUCGCCUGUGGGCUCCUCGGAGGCUGCUUGAUGGCCUUCUCCCAUGAUGGAAUGAAAGCAGACGAGCUAGCUGGGAACUACCUGGCCAACUGUGUCGGGAUCGCUCUACCGUUGAUGUACUCCAUCACUGGUGCUAAUGUCGCAGGCCAACCAAGAAAGUCACGAUGA